CACACACACACACACACACUCUGAAGUGAUUUCUGGUGUCCUUUCAUGUUAUUAUACAAUUGUCAUCGCUGCAAAACCUUCAACCUUAAUUCAGCAUUCAUUUCAGAGCUUCAGUUUCCAACAGCUCAUCCGGCACAACAGCAGAUCAAGACCUUUUAACCACCGCAUAUUAGGACAAGCAUCUGCGAAAACUAUUAGAUUCAACAACUACCCCGGCAAAUCUGGUAAGCCCGGUGUACGCGACCUUUGCCACCUCGAGGGCUGAGGUGAUAAACGGGCCCAUGAGAUGGGCAGGGGAGUUAAUCAGAUCUUGGCCCAGUUAUCAGCUACACUUCCACCAGCCACGAUGUCCUCCGCCUACUCCUUCAACGGAAGAGUCGCUCUAGUUACAGGGGGCGGCAGCGGCAUCGGGCGGGCCGUGUGUCAGCUGCUGGCCAGGGACGGCGCCCGCGUGGUGGUGACGGACAUGAACCUGAAGGGGGCUGAAGAGACGCUCCAGCUGAUAUCAGGCUCAAGUCAGCACCUGGCGCUGCAGAUGGACGUUACACAGAAGGACGCCGUGGAGGCGGUAAUCGCGGCAGCCCGGGAAAAGCUCGGAGCCCCGCCCAGCCUCCUCGUGAACUCCGCGGGGAUCGCCAAACUGGAGCCAUUUUUGGAUGUGAAGCAGGACCGUCUUAAUGCCAUUAUCGACGUCAAUCUAAAGAGAUGUCUUGAUAUUCCACUUUGAAAGAAGUGAAGUCCUAGGCAGAAGAAAAUGCAGUCAAGGGGAGUCUGUUCCUGUUUCACUUUACCGGUGAAAAGAAUUAAUGAACGCAGAUACGAGUUAGCUGUUGCAUUAAGAUGCUGUACAUCAGAGCUGUGGCCUACAGUUUACCCGCACGACUUGACAUCU